AUGUCUUUAUCACUGCUCAUAUCAAUAUAUCUAUCUGUUUAUCUAUCUAUGUUUGUCUGUCUAUCUAUCUUCAUCAAUUUUUUUUUUAUUUAUGUCUCUCCCACAUUUUUCUUUCUUUCUUUCUUUCUUUCUUUCUCUGUAUUAUUCUCACUCUUUUCUUUCUUUAUCUCUUCGUCUCGCUUUCUUAAUUUUAUUUUACUGCUUCUUAUUUUCUUUUCUUUUUCCUUGACCACACUUUUCCUUUCUGUAUCUUUGUCUUUUUAUUUCACUGUCACCUUUUAUCCUCUCUUUGUUGCAUCUUCUUACACUCGUUCUCUUUUGCCCUUUUAUUUCUUCUCCCAAUCUUUCUUUCCAUUCUUUCUUACUACAUAUCACUCACUUCAUUUUUCAAUUUCUUUCCUCCUGUUCUGUAUUCCUUUAUUUCUCUUACUUCUUUCUUCCUACAAUUUUACCCUGUCUCUCAACUUCUCUCCCCAUUUUUCCUCUUCAUUCUUGUUCCUUCUUUUCCAGAUAAUGCCUCAGACUGCUCCCCAAAAGUAUUGA